AUGCGGCCCACACGCUUGGAACGCCACUUGAGGACAACACAUCCUGCUCUAGCUGACAAGCCCAAGGCAUUCUUUGAAACAAAAAGACACUCUUUGAAGCAAGUUAAGUUGGACGGCAGUGGGCCAUUUCGGCAACAAACUUCAAAGGUUGUUGAGGCUUCCUAUGAGAUCGCCAUGUUGAUUGCAAAGAGCAAGAAGAGCCAUAACAUCGGAGAGUUUCUCAUAAAACCAAGCAUACUCCGUGCAGCAGAACUCGUUCUGGGAAAAGAUAGUGCAAACAAGCUUUCCCAAAUUUCACUAUCAAACGAUAUAGUCAAGGGAAGGAUCGAUGAAUUGUCUCAAGACAUCAAAGAUCAAAUUCUCGACCGAGUACGAGAUUCUCCUGUUUUUCCCAUCCAGUGUGACGAAACAACUGACAUCGCUCAGUGUUCUCAGCUACUGAUCCUCAGGUGUGUCCAGUCCAGGUGUCAGGGUGUGUCCUCCAGCCUCAUGUGUGUCCCCCAGUCUCAGGUGUGUCCUCCAGCCUCAGGUGUGUCCCCCAGCCUCAGGUGUGUCCCCAGUCUCAGGUGUGUUCCUCAGCCUCAGGUGUGUCCCCAGUCUCAGGUGUGUCCUCCAGCCUCAGGUGUGUCCCCCAGCCUCCAGGUGUGUCCCAGUCUCAGGUGUGUUCCUCCAGCCUCAGGUGUGUCCCCAGGGUGUGUCCCCCAGCCUCAGGUGUGUCCCCAGUCUCAGGUGUGUCCUCAGCCUCCCCCAGUCCAGGUGUGUCCUCAGGUGUGUCCCCCAGCCUCAGGUGUGUCCCCAGUCUCAGGUGUGUCCUCCUUGUGUCCCCAGGGUGUGUCCCCCAGUCUCAGGUGUGUUCCUCCAGCCUCAGGUGUGUCCCCAGUCUCAGGUGUGUCCUCCAGCCUCAGGUGUGUCCCCCAGUCUCAGGUGUCCUCCAGCCUCAGGUGUGUCCCCCAGCCUCAGCCCAGGUGUGUCCCCCAGCCUCAGGUGCGUCCCCAGUCUCAGGUGUGUCCCCAGCCUCAGGUGCGUCCCCCAGUCUCAGGUGUGUCCCCCAGCCUCAGGUGCGUCCCCCAGUCUCAGGUGUGUCCCCAGUCUCAGGUGUGUCCCCCAGCCUCAGGUGCGUCCCCCAGUCUCAGGUGUCCCCAGCCCAGGUGCGUCCCCCAGUCUCAGGUGUGUCCCCCAGCCCAGGUGCGUCCCCAGCCUCAGGUGUGUCCCCCAGUCUCAGGUGUGUCCCCCAGCCUCAGGUGCGUCCCCCAGUCUCAGGUGUGUCCCCAGUCUCAGGUGUGUCCCCCAGUCUCAGGUGUGUCCCCCCCAGCCCCAGGUGUGUCCCCCAGUCUCAGGUGUGUCCCCAGCCUCAGGUGCGUCCCCAGUCUCAGGUGUGUCCCCCAGCCUCAGGUGUGUCCCCAGUCUCAGGUGUGUCCCCCAGCCUCAGGACACACCGUCACCAGGACACAGCGUCACCUGGACACACUGUCACCAGGACACACCAUCACCAGGAUACACUGUCACCAGGACACACUGUCACCAGCACACACCGCCACCAGGACACACCGUCACCAGGACACACCGUCACCAGGACACAUUGUCACCAGCACACACCGUCACCAGGACACACCCGUCACCUGGACACACCGUCACCAGGAUACACUGUCACCAAGACACACUGUCACCAGCACACACCGCCACCAGGACACACCGUCACCAGGACACACCGUCACCAGGACACAUUGUCACACACACCGUCACCAGGACACACCGUCACCAGGACACACCGUCACCUGGACACACCUUCACCAGGAUACACUGUCACCAGGACACACUGUCACCACACACACACCAGGACACAACUUCACCAGGACACACCGUCACCAGGACACAUUGUCACCAGCACACACUGUCAUCAGCACACACCGUCACCAGGACACACUGUCACCAGCACACACCGCCACCAGGACACACCGCCACCGACACACCGCCACCAGGACACAACUUCACCAGGACACACCGUCACCAGGACACACCGUCACCAGGACACACUGUCAUCAGCACACACCGUCACCAGGACACACUGUCAUCAGCACACACCGUCACCUGACACACCAUCACCUGGACACACCGUCACCAGGACACACUGUUACCAGGACACACACCAGGACACACCGUCACCAGGACACACUGUUACCAGGAAACACCGUCACCUGGACACACCAUCACCUGGACACACUGUUACCAGGACACACUGUCACCAGCACACACCGUCACCUGGACACACCGUCACCUAGACACACUGUUACCAGGACACACCGUCACCUGGACACACCAUCACCUGGACACACUGUUACCAGGAAACACGGUCACCUGGACACACUGUCACCAGGACACACUGUCACCAGCACACACCGUCACCUGGACACACCGUCACCGACACCUCACCUGGCACCACACCGUCACCAGGACACACCAUCACCAGGACACACCGUCACCUGGACACACUGUCACCAGGACACACCCAUCACCUGGACACACUGUCACCAGCACUCACUGUUACCAGGACACACCGUCACCAGGACACACCGUCACCUGGACACACCAUCACCUGGACACACUGUCACCAGGACACACUGUCACCAGCACACACCGUCACCAGGACACACCGUCAUCUGGACACACCGUCACCAGGAUACACUGUCACCAGCACACACCGCCACCAGGACACAACUUCACCAGGACACACUGUCACCAGCACACACCGUCACCAGGACACACCGUCACCUGGACACACCGUCACCAGGAUACACUGUCACCAGGACACACUGUCACCAGCACACACCGUCACCAGGACACACCGUCACCAGGACACAUUGUCACCAGCACACACUGUCAUCAGCACACACCGUCACCAGGACACACUGUCACCAGCACACACCGCCACCAGGACACAACUCACCAGGACACACCGUCACCAGGACACACCGUCACCAGGACACACCGUCACCAGGACACACUGUCAUCAGCACACACCGUCACCAGGACACACUGACACACCGUCACCAGGACACACUGUUACCAGGAAACACCGUCACCUGGACACACCAUCACCUGGACACACUGUUACCAGGACACACUGUCACCAGCACACACCGUCACCUGGACACACCGUCACCUAGACACACUGUUACCAGGACACACCGUCACCUGGACACACCGUCACCAGGACACACCGUCACCUGGACACACCAUCACUAA